AUGGCGGGGAGUGACACCAUCUACUCUGCUACCUAUAGCAGUGUCCCCGUGUACGAGUUCAAGCUCGAUACUGACAGUGUUAUGAGAAGGCGAGGGGAUGAUUGGGUCAAUGCAACACACAUCCUCAAAGCCGCAGGGUUUGAUAAACCUGCACGAACGCGCAUCCUCGAACGAGAGGUCCAGAAGGGGGUACACGAGAAAGUCCAGGGAGGCUAUGGCAAAUAUCAGGGAACAUGGAUACCACUUCCGGAAGGUCGCCAGCUUGCCGAACGCAACAACAUCCUUACAAAACUAGCCCCGAUUUUCGAUUAUGUUGCUGGAGACCACAGUCCCCCGCCAGCGCCAAAACACACAUCGGCUCCGUCUAAACCUAGGGCACCGAGGAAAUCGGCCGCAGCAAACCGUGCUGCGGCUGCGGCUGCGGCUGCGGCUGCCGCCGCCGCAGCAGCUUCAGAGACCCUGAAAGUCGUUCAACCUCAGCACAGCAUGGGUCCCCCAACCAUUCCACAAGAUCACUAUGAAAUGAAUGCAGGGUUCGACGAUAACGAGUCAAUCGGACAUGCCACAAUUGAAACAUCAUCAAUGGUCGCAGACGAGGAUAUGCUUCAAAUGUCACAUGGCGGACGGAAGCGGAAGCGUGGAGUGGAAGAGGCAACCGCCAUGUCCAUCAGCGAGCAAGAACACAUAAUCUACGGCGAUCAGCUUCUAGACUAUUUCAUGACCGUGGGUGAUGCACCAGAGGCAACACGCAUUCCUCCUCCCGAGCCCCCCGCUCAUUUCCAAGUCGAUCGAGCCAUUGAUGAUUCUGGGAAUACAGCACUCCAUUGGGCAUGUGCGAUGGGUGACUUGGGCAUUGUGCAAGAUCUUCUGCACAAAGGGGCUAAUGUCAAGGCACUUUCGGAGCAUGAAGAGACCCCACUCGUCCGAGCUGUUCUGUUUACCAAUAAUUACGAAAAGAGAACGUUUCCGACUCUCUUAGAUAUGCUUCUGGACACUGUCUCUUUCCGAGAUUGGUUCGGUGCCACUAUCUUCCAUCAUAUUGCAGAAAAUACUCGAAGCAAGGGAAAGUGGAAGAGCUCGCGUUAUUAUUGCGAAAUACUCCUUGAUAAGUUAUGCAAGACGUGCUCACAAGAUGAGAUACAAAUGUUGUUGUCAUGUCAGGAUCAGAAUGGAGACACCGCUGUCUUGGUCGCUGCUCGCAACGGCGCGUUCCGUCUGGUGAACAUCCUUCUUGUGCACUGUCACCGCGCUGGCGAUCUGGUGAAUAAUAAAGGGGAAACCGCCAGCAGUAUCGCACAACGUUCUCAACAUCAUGGCCAUGACAUCCCGCCGGCCCCCUCUUCCGUUACCAUGGCCAAUGAACAUAUGGAUGCUGAAGCAGCUGGUCUUGUGGGCACGGAUCGACAGUCCGUUGCUCCAAUUGCGGAUGCACCUGCGACCUCUGAGCUCCUCUCCAAGAUUGGAGUCAUCAUGGCCGAGGCUAAUAAAAAACUUGCCGUGACCUAUGGAAACUCAAAGAUCAACCAGCAAGAUUCCAAUGAUGUCGCCAAUCCCGAAGCGUUACACGAGCAAUUGGAAUCCGACCGCCAGAAGAUUCAGAAGCAGCUCUCUGCAUUGGCGGCUAAGGAGGCCGAGCAUGAGCGCAGUGACGACCAAGCUGGUCGAUAUGAGAAAUUGCGGGCAAGCUAUGAAUCCCUUCUUGAGCAAAUCCAGCAUGCUCGGUUGGCCGAACAGUUUGCUAUUACGGAGGUACCCAAACCCACGCGGGCCUCCCUUGAGCAAGAUGAAUUAAUGGCUCGGUAUCGACUUGCCCAUGAGCUCUGCUUUGCGCAGAAGAUACGUCGCAAUGCCAUUAAGGAUCUAGCCCAACAAACAGCGGAUGCGGGUGUGAGCACCAAGUUCGAUAUGCACCGCAAGCUGGUGGCUUUGGCGACCGGACUCAAAGAAGAAGACCUAGAUCCUAUGGCUGCGGAGUUGGCUGAAACUUUGGAAUUUGACCGAAUGAAUGGCAAGGGCACCACUCCGGAACUAGGUCAUCGACGAUUGCCCUCCCAGAAUGAGUCGGCCACUCUCCCUGGAUCCGAUGUCCCAGUGGAUGCCUAA